AUGAUACACGCACUUAGUAAACCCCAAAAGAAACCGGUCUCACAAAAAUCAAUAAUGGUGUUAACAAAACACACACUUCUCUUCUUAGCUCUGAAGGCUCUCCUAUAUUUGAGCGUCGUUGCUAAAACACCAUCGCUUUACAAAAGAGCCCUUAAAAUUGGUAAUUGCAGUCCCAAAAUAGAAAUUGCCAAUGGAUCUUUUGCGGUCACGGAUAAGAAUUUAAAAAAGGCGGUCGGGCCGCGAGGCGGGGGUAAGGAAUUGUUGGAAGCUAUAUGUAAAGCAUUGGAGGACCCUAAAACGUGUGACUUUAUCUCACUUCCGUGA